UUUGUUUUUCGUUUUGUUUUGUUUUGUUUUAUGGUUUUGGGUUUUUUUGGUAAGAGAGGGUUGGAACAGUAGAAUGGUGUUCCCUAUUUUCUAUAAAAUAGUUCACUAUUUUGCUCUUCCAUUCCACUUUUGAUAGUUAUUUGUGUCAACAAGUUGAAUGUAAGGAGUACCCAGUUUGAUCAUGACAGAAGUACUAACUAGGGAGUUUUGGGAUCAACAACUUGAAUGUAAUGAGUACCCAGUGUGAUCAUGACAAAAGUACUCCUAGGGAGUUUUGGGAUAAGUGGCUAUUACUCUUGCUAUCUGAGAUGCUAUUCAAACUCAAGAUGAGAAAUCAGAUUCUGGAAACAGCAAAAAGAUUACCAUUUAUGAUUAUGGUGAACCAGAUGCUGAUCUUAUGGAAUAAAUCUGAGUCAUCAGAUUUUGAACUUUAAAUGCAAGCAUUCCAUGAAUGAUGGCUCCAGAGGACAUCUGGCAUCCAUGUUCUCCUUCUACUUGCUUUGCUUAUAUUAAGAAGCAACUCAGCUUUCCACGCUACCCAGGGAAGGGUCCAUAGGGUGUUGUUUUGCAUUCCCAACGUAACUUAAAGGGAAACUUUAACAACGUCCGGAGCCCUUGAUGUUCUGCAAAAGAAAGAGCAGGAUGUCCUCAAAUUCCUUGCAGCAGGAACCCACUUAGAUGGCACCUGCCAUGACUUCCAAAUGGAACAGUACAUAUACAAAAGGAAGAGUGAUGGUAUCUACAUCAUAAAUCUGAAGAGAACCUGGGAGAAGCUUCUGUUGGCAGCUCGUGCCAUUGUUGCCAUUGAAAACCCAGCUGAUGUCAGUGUUAUGUCAUCCAGGAAUACUGACCAGCGAGCUGUGCUGAAAUUUGCUGCUGCUACUGGAGCCACUCCUGUUGCUGGCCACUUCACUCCUGGAACCUUCACUAACCAGAUCCAGGCAGCUUCCCGAGAGCCAAGGCUUCUGGUGGUUACUGAUCCCAGGGCUGCCCACCAGCCUCUCACAGAGGCAUCUUACGUUAACCUGCCUCCCGUUGCUCUGUGUAACACAGACUCUCCUCUGCGCUACGUGGACAUUGCCAUCCCUUGCAACAACAAGGGAGCUCACUCAGUGGGUCUCACGUGGUGGACGCUGGCCCGGGAAGUCCUGCACAUGUGUGGCACCAUUUCCCGUGAGCACCCAUGGGAAGUCUUGCCUGAUCUCUACUUCUACAGAGAUCCUGAAGAGAUUGAAAAGGAAGAACAGGCCGCUGCUGAAAAGGCUGUGACUAAGGAGGAAUUUCAGGGUGAAUGGAUGGCUCCAGCUCCUGAGUUCACUGCUACUCAGCCUGAAGUUGCAGACUGGUCUGAAGGCGUGCAGGUGUCCCCUGUGCCUAUUCAGCAGUUCCCUCCUGAAGACUGGAGCGCUCAGCCAGCCACUGAAGAUUGGUCUGCAGCUCCCACGGCUCCAGCCACUGAAUGGGGAGGAACAACCACGAAGUGGUCUUAAGCUGCUCUUCCACAGAAGCAACAAAAUGGAAAGAAGGUUGAUGGAAAAUAAACAGUUUCUAAAAAAAAUUUAAAAAUAAAAAUAAGCAACUCAGUGGGUGUGAUAAUGUUGAAUCUUAACAAAUAUAAUUUCUACAUCCAGUGCUAAGUUCAAUUUAUGGUAAAAAAAAAGUCCAAAUAAUAUUUUAAAGAAUACAAACCUACAUAUG